ACGACGACGCAAGUGUCUUUGGUGCCACAGGGUUCGUAAAAUCAAUCUAUUUUAAAUCAUUUGAGGUACAAAAAGCUAUACAUUGCCUGGAUAUUUAAAAACUGGAAUAGUCCUUUAUAGAAACUGCUCCUGAUUGGUAUUUAGAAAAUCCGAUGUUAUGAGAGAGGUUAUGUCCGUCUCUGUAAUCUGAAUUCUGAAGACUGUUGGAAGACGUUAAGAUGGAAAGUAAACCAUGAUGUAAACAGCUUAAAUGGAGUAAGCGUUUGAAAAUCUGCACAUGUGCAGUAGAAUCCAAUUGAUAAUAUGACGUCCAAUAUACUGGAAGAAAAUGAUUUGGAUUUUGAUGCCAGUGUUUCCUCAUUUAAUAGUGAUACUGAGAAAGUUGAUAGCUCAUUGAUAAGGAGAAUUUUAUCUGAAAUGAAAAGUGAAUUCAACAGAGGAAAUGACAAUGAUGAUGCUGCUUCCGAUACCGCUAGUGUGAGUAACUUGGACGUCAAAAAAGAAGGUCUUGAAUCAGCAAUGGCAGAUCCAUCGAGUGAAGUAGAUAACGAUCUUAGUGAAAAUACUGAUGAAGUCAUGGAAGAAUCUAAAAGAACACCUAUUAUCAUAAACAAGACCAUCUUUGAUACAGAAGAAGAAGGAGAUGAACAAAAACCUCGUUUAAUUUUGACUUUGAGAACAAGUGAAGAAGAUAGAGAACUUGGGAGACUGGGGAGGAGGAGCAAUGUCUGUCAUAGUACAAGUGACAGUUUGAAUGCCAGCUACUCCGAUGUGAGCGACACCUCUGAGGACAGGGGCACUAAGUGGGAGAGCAUCAGUCGUAGAUCACUGAGAAGUAGCUCAAGACUGACAGACAGAGAAAACGAGAGUUCAAAUAUGAAACGAUCAUCAAGACGCUUCUCCAAGGAACACUGCCGAGAAUCGGUUUUGCAGAGUGCAAUUGCUCGGAAAGAAAAAUCAUUCAGUUCUCUCGGUCAAACUGAAGAACGGACCACAAGAAGGGGGGCGAGAUCUCCCCGACAGAGUCCUGGAGACACAAGGGUAAACAGACCUCUUACAAGGUCAAAAUCUCCCAAAAUGGGUGGUGCGUAUGAUAUGGAGGGGCAAGGUGAGUUGUGUGAUACAAAUACAUUGAUGGCGAUAAAAACGGAAUCAGAUUUCAACUUAUCCUUAAUGAAAUCAGAGAAUGAAGAAAUGAGUGAAGAUUCAAACGACACCGGUAAUAAUAACAGCGCCAGCACAAAUAGCCAAAGUAGUGAACCGGCCGAUUUAAAACCAUCAAAGACUGAUAAGCUGUAUACUAAGACUGGUAAACGGCGAACUAAACAUUUUAAAGGUCUCAGAUACUCUCUCACUACUGGUGGAAGUGUUGCUCGCAAAAAAGCAUUGUUAGCAAAAAGAGGCAGAAAAAAGAACCAAGAAGGAAUGCACAGGCAAGAAAAUUAUAAUAGAGAAGAUAAUGUAAAAACAGAAGAAUCAAAUCAUAGUUUACUGCUGCAAUCUGAUGCAGCUGAUGACAACAAUAUAACUGAGACCAAUUUUGUAGCAGAACCUGUUCAAGAUUCUGAAGAGUUAGUUCCUAAACAGGAUGUGGAUAGUACUUCUGAUCCACUUAUCAGUGAACCUGUAACGGAAGGAAAUGGUAACCCAGAGCUGCCAGAAGACAUUGAUCAUACUGUCAUUGCUAAACGCAAGUAUCCCGAGGACAGUGAUGACGAAUCCAAAGAAGAAAAGCGCAUGUGUGUGGAUGCUCCGUCGCCAAGUCAAGGAGAUGCAGAUGCUGAACCUGAUAAACCAGAGGCCACUGCCAUCUCAAUCGGGGUUGGCACUGCUGGAAUCUGCUUGUGUAACAAGAGGGACAACAUGUUCGCCAAGGCCAAUGGCUGGAGAACGGAACUCUACUGUCAGGCUGUAGACUCUCUGGACGGCCGACCCAUCGGUUGUUGUAAUACAGUGGACAAGGACAAUGCCCGUUUGCUGAGACCAAGUGCUCGUGUUCCAUUUCUGUUGUUGUGUGAUGUCCACUACAAACGUCUGCUGAGGCACAACUGCUGUCCUGGCUGCGGCAUAUUUUGUACACAGGGUAUGUUCAUGCAGUGCUGGGCGUACCACCACUACCACAAGGACUGCCAGUUGGAGGAGGAAGGCAAGGAGGCUUGUCCACACUGUGGCAGUGAGGACGCUAGAGAAGUCAUCAUCGGCCUCGGCGCUCACAAGUAUCCGGUGUUCAUGCCUCAGCAGAAACCAAACAAGAACACGCCGAGCGCAAAGAUGACGUUUACGUACAGUUCGCAAGUGGAAGAAGAAGACAAGCAACUGACCCAGUUGGAGGAGGUUUUGUCUAAGAUCCCUCUGGUUCCGUCGUCAUCACUGGUGUUGCCCUCUGGUCUACAGAUCACUUCGCAGGGGCUGCCCACACUGGACAAGGACAAGUUAGAGACGUUGUUGCAUGCUGUGUGCGAUAUUGACAUUCUUAGCUUGCCCAGAUACACUUUAAGGAACAUGUACCAAGCAGCAAAACAUGGAGAACCAGAGAAACUUAUUCAUAUUCUUGCGGCUGGACUGAACCCCAACCAUGUGUUCAGAGAGUGGGGCAUGGGCUCUGCCCUACAUGCUGCGUGUGCUGGGGGUCAUCUGACCUGUGUACAUCUGCUGAUACAAGCUGGGGCCAAUCUGGAUGUGGUAGACAGGGACCAGAACACUCCAUUGAUGCAAGCCUGUGCCAACAGUCACAACGACGUGGUCAAGUAUCUGGUCAAGGCAGGAGCCAGUGUCACCUUCAAGGGAGGAGAUGGUAUGACAGCACUUCACCUGGCAGCCAAGACAGGCAAUAUAGAGGCUUGUCACUACCUAAUCUCCAACCCCAACACUCCACGAAACUUUAUAGACUCUGUGGACGACGGUCGCUGGACCCCCCUGGUGUGGGCGGCCGAGCACAAGCACUACAAGGUCAUCAGGUUCCUGUUAGAGAAGCGAGCAGAUCCGUUAGUGAGGGAUGCAGAACAGAACAUAGCGCUACACUGGGCAGCGCUGUCCGGCAGCAUAGACAUAGCUGAGGCGCUGCUCAACUACGGCUCGGAGGUCAACUCCACCAACGCCCACGCCGAUACCCCACUCCACAUAGCAGCACGUCAGAACGCGUACGACUGUGUGAUCCUACUGCUGGCCAGGGGUGCGCGUGUGGACAUGCACAACAGGGCUGGCUUCGUGCCACUGGAGUGUGUGCCUGGCGCACCCAACGACACAUACAACGCUAUCAAACUCACGGUAGAGCUGCGCAACCUUACACUCAACGUGCAGAAGAGAGCGCAGAAGAUACUGACUAAUGACAUCACGCGAGGUUAUGAGGCCAAUCCUGUACAAUGUGUAAACGCUGUAGACGAUGAACCGGAGCCUAGGGACUUUGUUUAUGUCAUGGAGAACUGCUUCACCUCCAACAUCAGUGUGGAUCGAACUAUCACCUCAUUGCAGUCGUGUAAAUGCAGAGACAUGUGCACCAGCGGAGGCUGUAUGUGUGGCAAGAUCAGCAUCAGAUGUUGGUACGAUGAUGAGGGGAAACUGCUGCCAGAGUUCAACUUUGCAGAUCCUCCCAUGCUGUUUGAGUGUAACCAGGCUUGCUCGUGCAACCGCCUGACUUGUCGCAACCGGGUGGUACAGCACGGCAUCACCGCGAGGUUCCAGCUGUUCCGCACCAAGGGCAACAAGGGGUGGGGCGUGCGCACACUCAGGCUCAUACCCAAGGGGGCGUACGUCUGCGAAUACAUUGGAGAGAUCAUAUCAGACUGUGAAGCUGAUACCAGAGAAGAUGACUCAUAUUUGUUUGAUCUGGAUAACAGGGACGGAGAGACGUACUGUAUAGACGCUCGCAAGUACGGCAACAUUGCCAGGUUCAUCAACCACAGCUGUGAACCCAACUUGCUACCAGUCAGAGUGUUCAUUGACCAUCAGGACCUGCACUUCCCUCGUAUAGCCUUCUUUGCCAACCAGGACAUACAGGCUAAUGAUGAACUUGCAUUUGACUAUGGGGAGAAGUUUUGGAUAAUCAAGAGGAACAUGUUUACAUGCACUUGUGGUGCUGAGAAAUGCAAAUACUCAGAAACUACGAUUGAAAAGACGUUGGCCAACUACCACAAGAAACUGAAACAAGAGGAAAAGGAAAACUUAUAAUGGCAUAGGCUAUAAUUUGUGUUAGGCAAAUUUCUUAGUCUCACUCUAGAGUUGCUCAUAUUUUAUCAUGUUCCCUUUGUUUCAACAGCGCAGACUAGUGAGACUACCCUUGCAUGUGGAAAAUCUCUAAACUGUAAUAUGUCUGACUUUUUUAGUUAAAAAAUCAUAUAUAACAACAGUUGGUUUUACACUUAACCAAAGGCUGGUAAUUACCGCUGUGGUUGUCGGAGGAGUAAAUUCGUCAUACAUAUUUUCCUCACCAUGUAUAACGUUUGGUUUUGUUUUUUAAAUAUUUUUCAUCAAUCAAUAUUGCACAAGUGAAUGGCCUGUUUUAGAGCUGCAACAACAUAGUUUUUAUUUUACAAAAAUGCAACAUGAAGCUAGAAUUAAUAUCAAAGUUGUUUUAAACAAAGAUUUAAAAUUAUCUUAAGUAGAUUAUAACAAAAUUACCAUAAUUGUAAUUUUUUAUCUUAUAGGCCCUACCGUAUGCAUCACUUUACAAAAUAAUGCAGAGCAUGUUUUGGUGAUGUGUAAAAAGAUUCCAAUCAACCUUGUAAUAUUAGUUAAGGUACAUUUAAUGACUUGACAUGAAGCUUAGUCUAAUUUUAAGCGACAGUAUGAUAAAUAAGAGAUGUGUUGAAUUGCAUUUUGUACCAUUGUUGUUGACUUGGACCAUCCGGGGUUUUAGCAUCAUUAAUAAAAAUUGAGUGAAAAUUGGUGAUUAUUAACUGCUGAAUGCAGUUUUUGACCAUAAAACAAAUUUCUUCAGAUUAAACUGCGAUACUAACUCUCUUAUAGAAAUUCAGAAGACAAGUUGUGAAUAGAGCAUGUUGAACUAUUUUACGAAUGCCAAGUGGUUAAAUAUUUUCUUUGUACAUGGAUGGUAUGAAAAAGUGUCAUAUGCAAGUGGAAGAAAGAUAUACUUUAUAUAUUACUAGCUAGCCUAUUGCCCGUCGGUUUUGUCCGUCAUACUUUUUGUUUUUUUUACUACUAUGAUCCCGCUGAAGUUGUGACUCACUAUGGGCUAAAAUCUGAGGUGAAGAAAAUACUGAAACUAUCAAGACUUCUCAACCGAGAAAGGUGAGAAACUUUAUUCUGUGUUGGUUUACUUUGUGUUUAGCCAUGCUAUUGCAUCACAUUUUUGUAAGUGAAUGGUCAAACAUUGGACAUGUUACUGUUUUAACGUAAAUCUUUUUGUAAGACAAGAGUCAUUAAUUGAUAGUUCAAUAACACAAGCAAGGCAUUGGGUCUAGAAUCUACUGCUUGGAAUCCAACCCGCGAUAUUCAUUUCUUUUAAGAUUAGUUUCAAAAGUCGGGUAUUGUAAAUAUUGUCAUGCAGAAUGUUUUGGAAAUGAGAAUGAACUAGGUAAUAAACUGAUCUUACCUCUGUGAGGUAUGAGACUUAUAGGUUAUACUAUUUUGAGACAUAGGUCUAAGUUAAAGCAUAGAUAAAACCUUUGACUAUUAAUACAACUUCAAUACUUCAGUAUCCAAUAGUCAAUGAUAAAACCAUAGAUGAAACAUACUCCCUUAGUAGAUUUGCCAUCCUUAUGGAACAGCUGAAGCCAAUUAUAUUGUUAGUUCUGUACGUCCAACUGUAGGGGUUGUGUUUUGUUUACAAUUUGUUUCUUGUUAUUUCAGUCACUUAAAACCUCAUUUAACCAAAUAAAACGAUAAAAUCGUAAACAAUAACUGGUCACCUAGUUAUAACCAAAUAAAUAGUAAAGCACAAAUAAUGAAAAUAGCCCUAAAAUAAUAGAAACAAAAUUUUGUCUACCCCAGCGAUUCUAUGAGUGUGGACGUACAUGAACUAGACAUGAAAAACGAGCUUCAAAAUUUUCAAUGGGAUGAGGAGUCUACUUGUGUUGCUUAGUCUAUGAUAAAGAUAAAACAUACCCUUAGCGGAUUUCUCAUCCUUAUGGAUCAGCUGAAGACAAUUUUAUUAUUCUCUUUGGUGCACUGUAGAGGUCGUGUUUUGUUAACAAUUUGUUUCUUAUUAUUUCAGUAAUUUAAAACCUUAUUAACCAAAUAAAACAAUUCAAUCAUGAAAUCGACCCUAAAAUAAUAUAGGUAAACAAGAUUUCGUCGACACUAGCCAUCAGUGUCAAAGGACGUGAACUAGACACGUAAAAUGGGCUUCAAAAUUUACAAUGGGAUGAGAAGUCUACUUGUGUUGGUUAGUCUAUGGUUAAAGAUACCAGAAGGGUAAAAAUCUAGAUUCAUUGUAUUUUGCCAGGGUCGUAUUUUAGAUAAGAACAUUAAUAUAAUUCCAUCCAAACACACAACCUUCAUUCACAUUCAGAUUCAAAUACACACGUGUGUGCGUCUUACCAGUGGUGCACCAACACUGUGUUUUGUUUUCAUCAAUGCAAUUUGCACAUUUUUGUUAGUCGACUGCCUAUUUAUAGAGAGUUCUGGUUAGAACUGUGUGUUAUCAGCACCACUCAGAAGAAAAGCCAAAUAGCUUUUAUUUAAAUUUUGUGUUGAAUACUUUUAAAAGUGUUUUGUUAUAUAUUUUUUUAGUGUAAAGUUUUAUCGGUACCACAGGUGUUCAGUUGUAGUUUUAGCAUAUUAUUUUAGAUUUUUGUUUGUUUCUUUGGUCUAGUUUGUGUUAUUGUUAAACCACCCUGUGCUUUGUUCUGUUUUAUUGCAGAAUACUGCAAACUGUAUUAUAUGUAUAUACUAAGCUUGAUGUGCAGUUUGAUGAGUUUGACCCAUAGCAAUGGUAAACAUUAAACAAGUUUGAUGAAGAUAGUGUAGUAUAAAAAACUGUAUUAGUUUUCAUUCAAGCAGUUUGCGUUUGUCUGCAAAAUUUAACUUUUCAAACUAGUUUGGUAACAAAUUUAAUUCCUUGGCUGUUAACAUAAUACCAAAUUGUAAAAAAAACUAAUAAUUAUUUUAGUGAAUCUUAGAAAAGAUCUAUGUGCUGUGGCACAAACAAAUUAUGUAAAAUUAAAUGCUUUGUAUUUUAAUCUGUAAUUUAAAUUUGACUUGGUUCCUAUUGAGUAGGGUUAUACUGUAAAAUACUUAAUGGUUACUUUUGCCAGACAAAGCCAAUUGCUUGUUAAUGCAAAUAUUAGUGUUGUGUAGGGUAUUGUAUUUUUUUGUAUUUUAAAAUAUGUAUUGUGCAUUUUUAUUUAUUACAUAAUUGAAUUUAUAGAAAUAAAUUUCUUUUCCAUC